CAGCACCGCACGUCUAGACGGGGUAACGGACACCCUUUCAGAGAUGGGCUGCAUCGCCCUAAGAGGAAGGAGACGAAUUUGAACUGUGUAGCUACGACCUGGGCUCGGUGUGGUGUUUGUGGACGCUUAUAUGCAGGAGUUAUUUAAUGUUUAAAAUGUGGGAGAUGGUGGCGUUACCGAGAGCGAGCUCUCCCUUCCUGUCGUCUAGGACAAGAUGGCAGCAAUGCAGGCGAACUGUUCAUGGUAUGGAUUUAUAAGUCCAUAACAUGUUCAGAGAAGCCCUGGAUUAUACUUAUAGUGACUCUAUGUGAAGGUAUGGCCUCACAAGUCUUGGUCUACCCACCACACAUUUAUCAAACCCAGACAAGUGCCUUUAGCAGUGUGAAGAAACUCAAAGUUGAGCCCAGCAGCUGUGUGUACCAUGAGAGGGCACACCCGCGGACUUAUCUGAACAGCAGAACCCUUGGCAUUGUGCACCCAACGAAACAAGCCCACUCGUUUGUGAACCGAGACUUCGCAGUGGGCGUGAAAGUGCGUGGAGGACAAGAGUACCCGGUGCAGACGGUGGUGGUGCGUGGCGUACAGAGACAACAGCCCGGAAGAAGAGGAGGAGGAGGAGGAGGAGGAGGAGGAGGACCAGGCCCAGCUGCGGCCCAGCAGCGGCCGGACGCAGGGGUUGUCCACACGCAGGGCAAGGAGCAGCAGCAGACAGACACAGCAAAGGAGGAGGGUGACAGAGAAGAGAACUGUGGAGGUUUGAACUCAGCUGACAGCUCUCAGCGAUGUGGGCUGAAACGUAAAAGUGAGGAGCUGGAUAAUCGAGGGAGCACCAUGCAGAUUGUGGAGGAACUGUCAAUGUUGCCUGCCAUGUUGCAAACGACGAAUGUGGGGAACGCAGCCGUGACUGCACCUGCGGCCGUGGGGGCUGGAGGGGGCCCCUCCAAACAGGGUGCAGGGCCUGGGGGUGUAGGUGCAACAGGAGGGACAGGAGGAGGGGAUGGGGACUAUCAGGUAGUACAGCAUGAAGUCCUGGUUUCCAUGAAGAAUACUUAUGAAGUGCUGGAUUUCUUGGGGCGUGGCACAUUCGGCCAGGUUGUAAAGUGCUGGAAAAGGGGCACGGGUGAGGUAGUGGCAGUUAAGAUCCUGAAGAACCACCCUUCUUAUGCACGGCAGGGUCAAAUUGAAGUCAGCAUCCUUGCUCGUCUUAGUGGGGAGAAUGCAGAUGAGCACAACCUGGUGCGAGCCUUUGAAUGCUUCCAGCACCGCAGCCACACCUGUCUGGUGUUUGAGAUGCUUGAGCAGAAUCUGUACGAUUUCCUGAAGCAGAAUAAGUUCAGUCCCCUGCCUCUAAAAGUGAUCAGACCUGUGCUACAGCAGGUAGCUACAGCUCUGAAAAAGCUGAAGAGCAUGGGUCUGAUUCAUGCAGACCUCAAGCCGGAGAACAUAAUGCUGGUGGACCCAGUGAGGCAACCCUACAGGGUGAAGGUGAUAGACUUUGGCUCCGCCAGUCAUGUGUCCAAAGCAGUGUGCUCCACUUACCUCCAGUCUCGGUACUAUAGGGCUCCAGAGAUUAUUUUGGGAUUGCCGUUUUGUGAAGCCAUAGACAUGUGGUCCCUAGGCUGUGUGAUAGCUGAACUUUUUCUGGGCUGGCCCCUUUACCCUGGGGCCCUGGAGUACGACCAGAUUCGCUACAUUUCUCAGACACAAGGUUUGCCAGGAGAACAUUUAUUAAAUGCGGGGACAAAGACGGCACGGUUCUUUUGCAGAGAGUCUGACUCACCUUAUGCAGCAUGGAGACUAAAGUCAACAGAUGAGCACGAGACGGAGACGGGAAUGAAAUCAAAGGAAGCAAGGAAGUACAUCUUCAGCUGUUUGGAUGACAUAGCGCAUGUGAACUUGGUGAUGAAUCUGGAAGGUAGUGACUUGCUAGCGGAGAAGGCAGACCGCCGGGAGUUUGUGGGCCUGCUGAAGAAGAUGUUGUUGAUUGAUGCAGAGGAGAGGAUCGCCCCUGCCGAAGCUCUCAGCCACCCCUUUGUGACGAUGCAACACCUGCUCGACUUUCCCCAUAGCAACCAUGUUAAGUCAUGUUUCCACAUCAUGGAUGUUUGCUGGACUCGUCCCAGUGCAUAUGAGGCGGCCAACAGAAAUAAAGGUCCUUUUGUCAGACCUGUGACCACAACCGCUGCUGCCUCAAUCAACCAUCCCUUCAGCAAGAUGACCGGUGUCCAUGCUCAAGGGUUAGCCCCAUCAGCCCCCUCAGUGAUGCACCCUGGGAUAACACUGCAGACAGGAAGUGGUCAGUUUGGAUGCAACGAUUCGUUUCAGCAGGCACUCAUUCUAUGUCCCCCAACCAUUCAAGGAAUCCCCACCAACACAGCUAAACCAGCAGGCUACUCUGUUCGAAUGGAGGCUUCUGUGCCUCUGGUCACUCAAGCACCCCCCAUCCAGCCCAUACAAAUCAGACCUGGAGUCAUCACACAGGCCUGGUCCAACCGUGCACAGCAGAUCUUGGUGCCCACUUGGCAGCAGGUGACAUCAGUGCCCCCACCACCAACCACUUUGGCAUCUGACACUGUGGCGGGCUCACAGAGAUUGGGUGACUGGGGGAAAGUGCGUCCCCAUGGUAACCAUUACAGCUCCAUGAUUGCACACCCUCAGCCAUUCUUAACCAACCAAAUGACAAUGUCCACCCACCAGCCAAUCAACAUAGGCAUUGCACAUGUGGUGUGGCCGCAGCCAACUGCCAACAAGAGAGCCAAGCCUUGUGUGAACAGGGGCAGCAACUUCUCCCAAAACACGAACAUCCAAAAUUUAGCAUGCCAGUCCCCAAAGAUGGCUGAUACAGCAAAGAAUGUGGAGGUAGCAGAGGAGAAAGCCAGAUGCCCGGAGGUAGGGCACGCUGCUGGAGGGGAGCAACGAACAGGGCACGUGGAGGAGGAUGAUGAGGUGAACUGCUGUAAAGUGGAGCCAGACUGUGAGGAGCUUUCAGUUUCACAGGAGCAGCGGCAGGCCAUGGUGAUCUCUGACCUAGCCAGCCCAACUGUUAGUGUCAUCAGUAUCAGCAGCGAUGAGGAGGAGAGCGCACAAAGACACACGAUGGGGGAAUGUAAGGGUAGUGCAGAUUGUGAGGCGUGUCAGAGCACUGUCAGCAUGGAGAGAGUCUGUUCCCUCAGCAGUCCAGACAGCACGCUCAGCACCAGCUCUUCAGCCUCAGCCCAGUCCAGCACCUCACCCUGUAAACACCCCAACAGUAUGUCAGACGACGAACAGGAGAGUGGUUGUGACACAGUGGACAGCUCGCCUGCUUCAGACGCCUCCGGCCAUAGCAACAGUCCCUUCACAGAGAGACGCUACAUCGCUGACAGCAACCAGAACUGUGAGCCCCGUGUUGCAUGCGUUGCUCCGGAGACUGAACCUGGCAAGCCAACAGUUCGUACUGUUGUGGUGCCACCAAUGAGGGUGCAGAACAACAUCAACAACCCUGCCGUCAGUGAAACACCUGGCAACACAGUCUUAGAGUCUUCAUGCCCGUCCAAAGGGCGAGGCAUUCCUGGGCGACAGCAUCACCACUCCACUCCCCUCCUCAACAGGCCGCAGAAGAUCACCCCUGCAUUCCAGCCCCAGCAACCGCAGCCUAUAGGCUUUGGGCAGGUGCAGCAUUUCGGUUCCUGCCAUCAGGAAUGGAACGGCAACUUUGCCCACCGGAGACCACAAGCCUAUAUCCCUCCCACCAUGCAUGGGCACACAUUUACCCUGUCCCACAGCAGCCCAAAUCACACUACGGGCCCCCACCCCCACCUUGGGGGCCACCCGCACUCCCAGCCCACCUUACUGUCCUAUCCCCCAUCUGGUCCUCUGGUCACCGCUGCACCCGUGGCCCACCUCCUGGCUUCCCCUGGAGCCUCUCGCCCCGUCCUCCAGCCCACCUACAGCAUCUCCCACCCGGCAGGCAUCGUGCAUCAGGUCACAGUGGGCAUCAACCCCCGACUGCUGCCCUCCCCCACCUUGCACCCCCAGGGCCAAUUCAAGCCCCUCUUUCCCCCGCACUCCUACAUUGCCUCGCCCGCCUACGCCAGUUUCCCUCUCAGCCCUACCAAAAUAAACCAGUACCCUUAUAUCUGAGCAUGGUUGCCCAGGUACCCUUCAUACCACCUGAGGGCUAAGUUAGCAGGGCGAAUUCUAUCUUAAACCAACAUGGUUUUCAUUUCCAAAACCAUGGCACAACCACAGAGAAAGCAAGCUAUUUUUUGAAUCAUGUAGACUUGGGUGUAAUUGAACUUCAAGCUUUAAAAUAAGAGUUCCAAUGGUUUGAUUAGGGCAAAAAUUAAGAAGGAAAUAAUGUAUGAAUGAUUGAAUGAAAGAAUGAAUGGGUAGUUAAACUCACACUUAAUGUGUUUUGCACAUUUGAUAUAUCUUUGCAUUGGAUCUUCUACGAAUACUCCUCAAAACAGGUAAAUAAUUGGGGUGGUGUUGAAUAGUUAGACUUUGCACCCCUGAUCCCAGCUAUUUUUCUAUAUUGCCUUCUUGCGUGUGCAAGACACAUCCAUAUUUGUAAAGCCAUCCCAGUCUCUAGCUCUAGAUUGACAGAUGCACAUGUUGUCCACAGUGUAUGUUGUACUGCGUUUGAAGUAUUUGUACCUUUUCGGUGUCUUUUGGUGUUAGCAAUGUCAAGUCAAUUAACCGAUUUAAAUAGGGUUGUUCCUCACGCUGCAUGUGGUCUUGCAUGAGCAAAAAUGUAAACGGAAAGAUGCAUAGACGUUGCUCUUAUUGUUUGUGUCACAAGACUCGCUGCAUUGUAUAACUGUCCCUAGCCAUAGUGCCUUACAUAUUUGAGGUUGUUAAUGUUACUACUUAUAUAUGACUAUAUACAUGAAUAUUAAUGUACUGGACUGCAGCACUUGAAAUUCCAAUCAGUCGAUGCAUCCUAUGUGUGAGUAUAUAUAUAUGCACAUGUGUAUAUGUCCAUGCAUAGCCUGCAUGGAUGUGAUGUAUCGCGGAUAGCGGUGCUUAUUUUUUGGAGUCGGUGUAUAUUUCAGUGUGUAGUGAGUAACCUUUCUGUUCUUUCAAGAAGAACAGCAUGCUUUGCUGUUGCGAAUGCUUGCUGUUUCAUUAAAAUGUUUGUUUUUUUUUGUUUUUUUUUUCGUUCUCCCUAUCCCGAAUGAACUAGUGUACAAAGUGCAAGUACUGAGUAUUGCUUAAUAUUUGAUAAUCACUUUCUAUUUAGUGAAACUCUUAUUACUAACAGUAUUUGUACUGUUUGAUGAAACUGCAAUACAAUCUAAAUAGUCGUUGAUUAUUUUUCUUUUUCGUCUUUGUAUUUUCAUUUUGAGUGUUUUCACUUUGUUUCUUAGAUAUUUAGAAGUGUGGUGGGCAUGGCUUUGAUUAGGUAAGGAAAAAAUGCAAAUUAACGGUAUGGAAUCUUCUAAGCCUGAGCAAACCAUGCAGUAUUUGAUAUACACACAUAUAUGGACAUAUAUUAUAGAGCUAGACUAUUUAGUACAGAUGCUUGAUAAGGUGUGAGUUAAUUGUGUGCAAUUCUCUCAUUUAUGCAUGUGUGACAAAGUUAACUUUUUCCCUUUACAUUAUACCAUUUGUUAAAGGCUUAAGGCUUAUCGGUGUCAACUGCUUAUUUUAUACAUUCCGUCAGGGAGGAUAUAUACAUAUAUAUAUAUGAUGGAAGCACCAGUCUAUAUAUAUAUGUAGAUAUGCUGUGUGUGCAUUUUUUCUGUUCAUUUUACUAGUUAUAUGUGUUAUUUUUUUGUCUUUAAUUUUCAAAUGAAGUUGCUUGUGCAGCACCAAAGACUGUAAUUCAUUUCCUGAGCAAGGUAGCUAUUCUGUUUGCAUAGACCUCAGUUAUACUGUAGUUGUAGAAUGGGGUUAAAUUAAAACAAACAAACAAAAAAAAAAUUGUAUUUAAAAACGGCCGAGGUUUUGUCUAGCUUAUUGGGCAAUUAAUAAGUCGUAUCAUUUCUGUCUUGAAUGUAUCAUAGAUAAGCUGCUAUAUGAUGAUUGCCACUUCAAUAGCUGUGAAAUUAGGUGAUUUCUCUGAGUUUAAACCUAGCGUUGCUAUUUUUGUAUAGGUCCCUAAUUAUCUGAAAUAGAAGUGGUUUUGAUUUUUGUGUUUUGCGUUCAUAUUUGGAGUGUCAUUGUAACUACUGUAUUGCUGAUGAUGAAUAUUAGUUGCAUUUGUUGUUUCUCGGGGUGUGUGUUUUUGCAUCAGUAUUUUAUCCUUAUUAACCUUUUGGGCUCAUCACUGCAUAUAAAUGAUGUAUCGAUGUAACUUAAUUUUUUGUAUGUUUUCAUAUUGACGUUUUGUACACAUCUAAAGCUGUAGCUUGCAGGAUUGAUUUAACUUUUUCAUUGUAUGUAUACAAUAUACUACCAGUUCUCUUAAGUGUGUUACAGGAGCACUGUGAGAUGCCAGAAAAAAAAUCCAUUGUUUGUUGAAAAGCUUCUGUAAUGUUUUCACCAGUCACACACAAACACACUCGCCACUAAGCACUCAUACAGGUAGUUAGGCUUGUAAGGGUUUGGGUGAUUAGACUGUGUGUCCAAAAAUAAACUUAGCCCAAUGUUUCUGUUCAGAAAUAACAUUUUACAACUUGUUUUACUGUUAAAUUGAUUUAAACAAAUAUUUAUUGCAACUUUUUUAUCUGUUCAAUGUUAUAUCUGGCUAGAAUAUCAGUUUCACAAUUUGUUAUUCUAAACUGCCUUGUGUUCGGAUCGCUCUCCCCUUUAUGAGUGUCUCAUAUCAAAAUAAUGUUUUGUCAAUGCAAAACUGUGGCCAUUGUCUUGUUCCUUACUGAAAUUGAGACAGUGUGAGCAGCACUGUGUAUGUGCCUUGAGAUUCAGAAAGUGAGAAUUCGAGAUGGUGAUUCCUCACCACUUAUUUGAGGAGGAAGGCAUAGAGUCCAAUUACAGUCCGUUACCAUGUAGACAGUUCUUUAACGGCCUCUCUAGACUAAGAAUUAAAAAAAAAAACACACACACACACACACACACACACACACACACACACACACACACAAAACACACACAAAAUAGGACUUCAUCACAAUGUCAUUCCAGGGACUUGUACUCCUCUGAUCAGCUUGUAGACACGACACAACAGAGUGACAUGUACACGGUGGUGGUUCUCCUCUUGUUACAGAUAACCGUCACCAAAGUCUCUCUGUGAUAACACACCAAUAAAACACACAUAAAACACAUGUACUCUUUGAAUGAUAUGACACUCAACGAUGUUUGGAUAGUCACUCUGGCUGAACAGCAGAUGCAAUACUUUACAUUGUGCGGUCAUUGCACCACCAAGUGUUCUUAGAUAAUCUCCAUGCUUUACAUGACCUUGCAUGUACACCUAAGUUGCUUCACUUUGUCUGCCUAGAAGCUGUCUGCUCAGAGCAGCUUUUCCAUCGUGCAAGUUAAGGCUGAGCGGGAGUAACCAGAGCACGGUUGACAACACUGGCUUUUUAAAAUCCGGGGAGCCGUGCUGUAUGUCCAGGAAUAGUCUUUCUGGAUGUUUAUUAUGUGUUCUGGAUGGAAGCGGCUCUGUCAAGGAGAUUAUUGUGGUUUCUCUGCAGUCAGUCAGUCAUGAGUGCAAUACUCCACAUUUAAACACUGACAUUGAUAUGGUUGUAUGUUUUUUGAUAGCUUUUUUCUUACCUGUAUGCUUUACUGAUCAUACUCAAGUAUCAUUUUGGGAAAGAAAGCUUAUGACGACAAGGCAUGAACUUGGCAGAUUAGUGCUUGAAAUAGUUCCCCUAUACUAAGCAUGUGAAAUGUAAUCUGUGUUUUGAUUCCUCCAAAGGUAUUCACCAGCAAUGCGCCUGCAUAAACUCUCCAGUACUUGUUUAGGAAAAGAAUGGAUGCAAGAGGAGAGAAAUCUUAGAACUGUUUUUAAUUUUUCACACAAUUGACACUUUGGUUUAUGGAUAACUUUUUUUUUUUCUUUUUUUUUUUUUUUGAGG